AUGAUCAACCUCGUCCACAGCGAGUACGAGCUGCCCCACGACGACAUGGUGAAAUUCGAGAAGCGCAUGUUCGACGCGGCGUUCGACUGGCUCCUCGCGCGCGCCGACCUGCCGUUCCUCGACGAGACGGACCAGCGGCACGUCAUCCACUGCCUGCUCGUGCUGCUCAUGCGGUCCAUGCACAAGCGCAAGAGCGCCGUGGGCGCGCUGACGGAGCUGGAGACGCACAAGCUCGUCCUCGACGUCUUCGUCAAGGGCACGAUCGACAUCUUCCAGGACCCGGCGCAGCGCCACGCGCUCGUGGAGCGCAUCGAGUUCUACGUGUCGUCCGUGCCCUUCUUCCCGACGCCGCUCCUCGAGCACCUCAUCGUCUGGUGGUGCGAGAAGGCGACGGCCGUCGUGACGCCCGUUUUGGUCGAGACGUACAACGAGCACCUCUGCCGCGUCGACAUCUACGCCGAGGUCGCGCUCUGCAGCGCGGAGCAGCUGCCGAACCUCGACGACAAGCCCUUCACGGCGCUCCUCCGCGAGAACCUCACGCGCGCGUUCACGAGGCCCAAGAAGCACGGCCGGGACCGCAACGUGUCGCUCGUCACGCUCGCGCUGUCCCUGCUGCCGGAGAAGACCGCGCGGACCUACGCGCUCCUCUUCGUCGACUCGUUCCUGGAGAGCCUGAAGACGGACAAGCUCGAGCAGAUCAUGUACAACAUCGUCCUCAACGACGUCCUCCAGCAGGGCCUCAUCAACCAGCCGCUCUUCAUCAGCAAGUGCUACGACAAGGACAAGCGGGACGACGACGCGGCCUCGAACGGCGGCCGCUCCUCCGUCUUCCAGGGGAGGGACGGGCCCGCGAAGCACCACCACAGGCACCGGUAG